AUGCGAAUUUUGACAGCUAUCAGUAUAGUCUAUAGACUCUCAUCCGUCGCCGUUGCAAGCAAUUAUGGCAUGUCGAUCGGUGAUCUCAUGGGGAAGGACAACACCUUUGCAGAUGAGACGGUCUCCAUUCAGACAUCCUACUAUGAGGAACCCGCAGCGGCGCACCCGAACGGUGUAAACACUAACAAUAAAAAGCUUGGAAUCGUGCCCAGUAAUUCCAAACCCAUGAGUGGUCUUUCACAAAGGGAAUUCAAGUCAUUCUACAAUAACAGUGGAUAUGGAUAUGACCUCAGGCUCCCUGCAUGGCUGUGCGCGGACAUUUUGCUUGGAGACUGGACGGCUCCCAGCGGCGAAGAAAUCACCAAUGGAUCCCUUGGUGAUCUUGCUCAACAACUUCGACUUCCACCAAAUAGAUUGGCUGAGUAUACGGUGUAUAGAGCCGAUAUUUUCCAACGCUCGAUCAGCGACAAAUUAAACAACAUUCUCUGCAAGCCUACACCAAAUGGUGGACGAGUGCUCACGUACGAUGGUUGGCACAGUCAAGACUUGGAAGGGUUCUGGGUCGCGUAUAUCCUAGCUGGAGUGAGUACCGCUGUUGUUGGGUGGACUGGUUUGCACGUUGGUGUUGCGCACCCGGGGUCAGCAGCAAAUAUCACAGUAGACCAGCAAGUCUACAUCUUGACAGCAACUGCGGUAGCUGAAUACAUUGCUGUCACAACAAUCUUCCGACUGCAGACAAACGGCUAUAUCUCUUACGUACAGGCUUUCGUGCUGAAUGCUAUAUGGAGCAUUUUCGAAGUUGCUGGUGAAGUACUGACGGCGGCUUGGGACAACGUUUGUGCUGAUUUUGAGACCUUUCGAGAUGGCGUCGCCACGCUGGCAAACCAGGCUCUCAACAGAUUAUUUGUUUUCAACCCGAGGAGGCUCAGUCGAGGUGGUGGCUCUGCAUUAGAUCUUGUGGGGCAAGUGCAGGACGUCGAGACAGGCCACGGUCUUCCUGGCAUCGGUGAAGGUUGCGUUGCAGGUUAG